CCCAGCCCAUGGCUACCCGGUAACAAAACGAUGGACUUGACCGAAGCCUUCUUGGCGAUCUUCCUGGUGGUCGCCCUGGCCGUGUCUCUGCUGGCCAACCUGCUGGUGCUGCUAUGCUUCGUGUCCAGCUCCGAGCUCCGCAAGCAGGUGUCCGGGGUCUUUCUGGUCAACCUGUCCUUGUGCAAUCUGCUGCUGACCGUGGCCAACAUGCCCUUCACCCUGCUGGGGCUCCUGACGGGUCGCUCGCCCGCGGGCGACCGCCUGUGCCAAGCCCUGGGAUUCCUGGAAACUUUUCUCACUUGCAACGCUAUGCUGAGCAUGGCAGCCCUCAGCAUCGACAAAUGGAUCGCCGUUAUCUUUCCCUUAAGUUACGCUAGCAAGAUGCGGUUCAGGGAUGCUGUGGUCCUGGUGGGCUACUCCUGGAUCCACUCCUUGGCCUUCCCCCUGGUCGCCCUGGGCUUCUCCUGGCUGGGUUUCAGCGGCAGCUACGCCUCUUGCACCUUGCACCUGAAGGAAGCUUCGGACCGGCGGAGGUUCACAGCGUUUACCAUCGUGUUGCACGCCACUAGCUUCAUGCUCUCUCUGCUCAUCCUCUGCUUCACCUACUUAAAAGUCCUCAAAGUCGCCCGAUUCCAUUGCCGGAGGAUAGAUAUCAUCACGAUGCAAACCCUGGUUUUGCUCGUUGAUAUCCACCCCAGUGUGAAGCAGCGCUGUCUUAACGAGCAAAAGAGGCGUCGGCAGCGGGCCACCAAGAAAAUCAGCAUUUUUAUAGGAUCGUUCGUCAUCUGUUUUGCACCUUACAUUAUCACCAGGUUGGUCGAACUCCUUCCUUUCAUCACAAUCAACUACUACUGGGGGAUUGUAUGCAAGUGCCUGGCCUACAGUAAGGCUGCAUCAGACCCUUUCGUGUACUCCCUUCUCCGCCAACAAUACAAGAAGGUCCUGAUGAACAUUGUCAACAGGCUCCUGAAGAGAGACCUCUACCCUUCCUCUGGCUACAACAGUUCUCUGGACACAGAGAAUGAGUACUGCCUCCACAGAACAAACUAAGACUCCUCCCCUGGUCGUCUGUGGAGAGUCGGGACGGAUCUUCCCGAAUCUUGCCCGACUUCGAGAGUCACCUCCUCCCCACUGGGCGAUGUGACGAUCACGAUUGAAAUCCCAGGGAUGGGCUGGACGAGGUCACUUGGAAUCAGGGCUUCCCGACGGAUCCCGUUAGCAUCCACAGGGAUGGAGAUCAACAGCAGGGCCACUGCUGAAUGCACCUUCUCCAGAAAUUUGUCGGGUUCGGAUCUGGGGGUUCAACUAUCCCAAAUCCUUGCCAGUCUGGGCCCCAAAACUGGCCGAGGGGGGUUACUCACUCUUUCCCACCAGAGAGUUUAAGAAGCAGGAUAUCCUAGUGGCUGACACAGGUUUUAGUGCUAUAUCUGCAUAAUGUAGAAGACCCCUCGCUAAUCCAGUUUAGAGAAUGUUCCCCCUUCUAACUCGACAAGUAGCGGAGCGAAGUGCACUUUCUAAGCUCCUUCGUUUCUCCCCUAGCCCCCUUGUCUGGGGGUUUUGGCUUGGCACACAGGUGACUAGAUUUUUAUCUACUUAGUUUUAUUUUUGUAAGAGCUGGCCUAUGGUAUAUCGAUUUGGGAAAGGGGCUUCUAGAAUGUCUGUGUGGAAUAGGUCCUUUAAUGAGUGUGUUCCUCGUGUAUUUGGCUCUGAUUCUAAAGACAGCUUUCCAGGAGAAUUUUCCCUCGAGGAGAGGACUCAAUCAGAUUCUCCUUUAGCGAUACCAAGGAUGAGAACUUGGUCUGUUUGUACUAGACAGGAUGAUUGUAAAGUCGAGGGAAAGGGUAGACACGUACGCUCAACAGGCAGGGUUUAGCAGAGCAUAUAACCGAAGGCUAAAAGCCCAAUUUUACUAGAUUUAAUGCUUCCUGGACUUUUGUUCUGUGAUGGAAUCACUGAAGGAGCAUUGGUCCUCCCAUCAGAAAGGAUGGACAAGGCUCAAUCCUGAUGAGUUUCUAGACUGUAAGCUCACUGUGGGCCCAGAAACAAC